AUGCAAUAAUAAAAGUAAUAGCCAAGAUAAAGGACAAAGGAGAGAUUUGUAAGUGAGGCAAUCAAUUUAGUUAAAUUAUGGAGAAUUUGUUCAUUCCAUCAUAAAGUAGAUAAGUUUAUUAAACUGGAACCAAAAUCGUGGAUGGCAGAGCUGUUCGAUCACAUUAGAUUAGGCUGCAGAAUUAGUAGAUUGUCCACGAAAAACAUUAGAAGACUACUAUUAUCUAUUAAGGAAGGCUGA